AAUAUUCCCAUUUUCUCCUCGCGUAUACUCUUAGGUCCAUAAGAAAUAUUAAGGGAAGUGAAUACACAUGUAUUAUAGCUGUUGUUAAAAAAAGUUUAGCCGAGAAAGAAGAGGCCGGCGUUCUCUCUCUCCUGAGGACUGGAUUCAAUCGAUGGCUGUUGGAGUCGUGUAAUUUAGGCGUUUGUCUCAAUGAAUUGGUCCAAUUAGAACAUAACGAUAUCGCAAUCCAAUGUAAAUUAAAAGCAAGUCAUGCCUUAUUCACUGCACUGGACUCCUGUAAAGACGGUGUGAUAGUUACCGGUCCUAAUCAUGACAUACAAUACGUGAAUCAAUCCAUUGAGAAGUUGUUGGGCUUCCGAUACGAAGAGAUGAUCGGCAAAAAUGCAUACGAUUUGCAUCGAAGCGAUUCAUUUAAAACAGAUAUCGUUGACAGCAUUAAUAUGCAUAUGAAUAAAGGAAAGGAAUGGGAGGGAACUAUACUUCAUAGGAGAAAAUCUGGUGAAUGCAUACCUCUGUGGAGCAAAAUAUCGCCGAUUGAAGUGCAUAAUGGAAUUGCCGAACAUUUAGUGUUUAUUAAAGAAUUUCCAUAUUAUUCACUCGAGAAGAUGUUUAGUCCGGACGGCGAUGUACUUCCUUUCACUUAUGGCUCCAUAAAAAGCAAUAGGAAGGCGUCGUGUGAUGUGAAAUCCCUGUGCUCUGAAGUUGGUUUGGGUCGGAGACAGAGUUUCGCUAAAUUUCAUGCCAUGACUAUUGAAGCGCCCAUUACUAAGGUAAUCAAUAUACUGAUGGCAACUCAGGAGAACAGUCCUGUGUUUGUGGCCCAAGCGUUGGACAAAGUAUUAGAGAUCCUGAAGAACUCUGAACUCUAUUGUCCGCAAUUCCCGAACCAACAAACGAAAACAGAUGACCAAACGGCCAAUGAUCUCGUCUCUGGUCUCAUGCAUAGCGGAACCAAACAGUCGGGAGUGAGACGUAUGUCACACGAGGCGGCCUCUAAUAAGAGCAGUGUUGGCGUUACACCACAGACACCAACACAACUGCCCAGUUUGCCAAACGCUCCCAAUAAUAUCAAAAAUUUAUUGGACAGCGACUAUGACUGGGGUUUCGAUAUCAUUGAAUUGGAGAAAGUGUCCCAAAGACGCCCAUUGGUAUGGUUGGGAUUAUCAGUGCUCUCGAGUUUCAAUGUGUGCGCGACUUUGAAAUGUGAUGAAUCGACUCUUAGGAAUUGGCUGACAGUUAUUGAGGCUAAUUAUCGCGACAAUCCGUACCACAACUCCACACACGCCGCGGAUGUCAUGCAAGCGACCGCUUAUUUCAUACGCAAACCCCGAUUAAAAGCGGUGUUGGAUCCGUUGGAUGAGGCCAUCUGUUUGAUAGCGGCCAUUGUGCACGACGUGGAUCACCCUGGUAAAAAUAGUGCAUUUCUCUGCAACUCGAACCAUGAAAUGGCAAUUCUCUAUAACGAUAUAUCAGUGUUGGAGAGCCAUCACGCGGCGCAUGCCUUUCAUCUGACAGUCGGUCCCAAUUCAGAUCCAAUCAAUAUAUUCAAAAACUUAGACCGCGACACAUAUCGAGACGUCCGCCAAUCCAUCAUUGAUAUGGUUUUGGCCACAGAAAUGACCAAACAUUUUGAGCACAUCUCUAAAUUCAUACAUGUAUUUCAAAAAUCAGUGGCAAUGGAUGAGAGCAUGAUUGGCAACGCGGGCCCUAACGAUAACCACUUGGAAACAGUGCCGGAAUCGCCAAAUAUGAUCACAUUUUCGACGCCCGAAAACAUUGUGCUCAUCAAAAGAAUGCUCAUUAAGUGCGCGGAUGUUUCAAACCCCGCCCGACCUCUCAAACUGUGUCAGGUUUGGGCGCAAAGGAUUGCCGACGAGUACUGCAAUCAGACUGAUGAGGAGAAGAAGGAGGGCCUACCAGUAGUGAUGCCAACAUUUGAUCGGAUGACCUGCUCUAUACCUAAAUCUCAAAUAGGUUUCAUUGAUUACUUCGCCAAUGAUAUGUUUGACGCCUGGGAUUCUUUUGGAGAUUUCCCGGAAAUUACCGAAAAUUUGCAAACAAAUUAUCAUUACUGGAAAGAGUUGAGCGAAUCCAACACUAAAGACAAUCCGAAGCCAAUCCUCUCUAAAGAACAACAACAAUAGUAACCAAAGUUUAUGAAUCCAAUCAACGACUAGAUUUCAAAAUCAACUUAUAUUCAACACUAAAUUAUGGAUUUCUAGUCCUCUUUUACAUAAUCUAUAAUCUCAUUCAAAGACAUUUUGUGCUCACUUUUAAUAAUAAUAAUAAUAAAUCUUUUGAAGACUAAUAAUAAUUUUUGUAAGACAUUCAGCCAUUAAAC